UAGCAAAGAAAAACUUGGAUACGCUUCUUUGUCGCCAUUUACAUCUCUCACCAAGGGUUUUUUGUUUUGAAAACAUGUCUGAAUUUGACAUGUCAUCUCCAGAAGAGAAUCAAAACAGGAAGAAGAUUGGUUUCUCUUCUCUUUUGCUCUCUGAGUUUCAUCUCUUUUGCUCAUUUAUCCUCUCUCACCCAUUCUACUUCUCUUACAUACUCUUCUUCUCACCUUACAUCUUCAAGAUUAUUUCUUUUCUCUCACCACUCUUUGUCACCACCACACUCUUGCUUCUCGCCUUGCUCAGUACUUUGCACAGUUGUUCUGACUCUGAAUCACUUGAAACAUACCCAAGCUUUCUCUUUUCCUUUUGUAGUAAACUCGGUAAUGUCUUGGAACACAAGUUUGAUGUCAACGAUGAGGAAGCGUACAAGAUGGUCGUUGAGGCUUGCUCAAUGGAAUGUGCCUCCGAGAAUGAGAGUAUGGAGAUAACGUUCGUUGACAAAUUCUGUAGCCAUGAGAGCAUCACUGUACCGGAAGCUUUGACACCUGUUGAGAUCCAACCGUUGAAGUUUGAGGAUCUGAUGGUUAUAGAAAGAGUAGAAGAAACAGAGAAAUGUGAAAAGGAAAAAGAAAAAGAAGAGAAAGUCAAGCCAAAAAGUGAAGUUGUCCUUGAGAAUGGAGAAGGGCAGUACUGGAAACAACCGACAAAAGAAGAAUCCAAGGCUCAAAAAGUUGAUCUUGUCGGAGAUUGUAAUGAUGAAAACUAUGAUCUCCCAAAACUAAGUGAUUUUCUUGGAGAAGAGAAGAAAAAUGAAGUGGCUAAGAAGGAAGAUGAUGAAGAUGUUUCUCUUAGGAGCUUUGGAUCAAUGAGGAAAGAGAAAGAAUGGAGGAGGACAUUAGCUUGUAAGCUAUUCGAGGAACGACACAAUGCUGACGUAGGACAAGGCAUGGAUCAGCUUUGGGAGACUUACGAGACCGAAACAGAGAAGAAGCAAACUGAAGAAGAGAAGAGGAAGGAGAAAAAGACAAAGAAGUCGAUGAUGUUGAAGACAAAGAGCAUAGAGAAGAAGGAAAUAGUAGUGGAACAAGAGGAAGAGGAAGAUGAAGAUGGGAUUGAUCAGCAGCAAUUGUGUUGCUUACAGGCAUUGAAGUUCUCAACAGGGAAGAUGCAUUUGGGAAUUGCGAGGCCUAACCUUCUGAAGCUAUCUAAGGCUUUCAAAGGGUUUGGACGGUUUUACAAUGCCAACAAACAUCCCAAGAAAGCUUGAAGGAAGAAAGAAGAAUAAACUUUGUAUUAAUUUCGAUCCAUAUAUAUAUAUAUAUAUAUAUAUAUAUAUGUAUAAGUAAUUAGAGAUAGCUAUAUGGUUUUGUAGUUUUGGGCAAGUUUGUAUGCAUAAGUAUCUUCAUAUCUUUACUGCGUAAGAUCCAGCUGGA